AUGUCGACGCCGCCAUGGCCGUGCUGCGCGUCGGACCAUCUCAUCCAAAUCGCCGCCAACUCGCCGUUGAAGAAAACCCUGGGAUUGACAUCUGAGCCCGAUGUCGCCUCGCCGCUCCCGCCGCUUCCUCCGGCAACAGUAGCGUCGCCUCUGCAGGAGCUUGUUUCAAAUGCCGACGCGGCUUGUUCAUGUAACUCUUCAUUGCAUGGCGCUUCGGGCUUGACCGCAGCGGAAGAGCCGCGCAAUCAACCGCGGACUCACGACGCACAGCAGCUUUCCGCGGCUGGCGGAGGCGCAAGAGGACCAGCGCAACAGACUUCCGCGCAGGCGGAGGCGCAAGCGGAUUUCCGCGUGUUUCUCCGCCCUUUCGCCUCUCCGCCACCCGUGCGCCUGGACGUGGAUGGCGAGGGCGGGUUUGCGCAACUUCUCGCUUCCGCGGAUUCCGCCGUUUCUUCCGCCAUUCCCCCUGCGUUCGCGCUGGACUCGCAGUCCGCGGAAGGGGAACGGGGAGCUGAGCUUGGCGCUCUUCCGUCGCGCACUUCCCCUCUCGGGGGGUCGCCGCUGCUUGAGCUCGCAUGCUCUUGUCCGCAUCCCGCCACGCAUGCGUCAGCAGAGGCGCUGCAACCGCCCGUUGCAGCAGAGGAGCCUGUUGCGGGGCAGUUUGUAGCGAGACAGGCUGUAGCAGGGCAGGCUGCAGCGGGACAGCUUGUAACGGGGCAGCUAAUAGUGGGGGAGAGAGAGGCCCUGGCGACCAGCGUAGUUGGCGGGGGGGCAACGGGAAGCGCGGAGGGCACGUGGGGGAGGGCGGUGGGCGCUGGGGGAAAUGCGCACUGCGUAGGGGCGAAUGGGGGGGGCGCGCGGGGGAGUGACGAGGGCGCGCGGUUCUGGGAGAGCUAUGUGGCGGAAAGGGCAGUGGCAGCGGGGGAGAUGGCGCAGCGGAAUUGGGGGGAGGAGGGGAGGGGUUGGUGUUUUCUCCCCGUCUCCCAUCCCUCCCCCUCCCAAUCCGUUCUCCCUUUCACCCAACCUCCCUCAUACAGCCUUGUACACUCCCUCCGUCCCUCUCCCGCUAGUGGUGAUGGUGGAGCGAUACAAGGUCUCAGUCGACUGCUCCUCACUCAGCUCGUGGUGAUGGUGGAGAGAUACAAGCUCUCAGUUGACUGCUUGUUUGCAGUUCAGUCAGCCCUGGAGCUCACACACUACCAUUCCUCUCUUCUCUCUCCCUCUCCCUCCCUAAACCCCAGGCUCGUGGUGAUGGUGGAGAGAUACAAGGUCGCAGUCGACUGCUUCAUGUUCCAUACACUUCGUCACUCCCACCUCCCUUCCCCCCCUCACCUUCUAAACCCCAGGCUCAUGGUGAUGGUGGAGAGAUACAAGGUCUCAGUCGACUGCUUCUUUGCAGUCUGGUUUGUGCUCGGCAAUAUCUGGGUCUUUGGCGCCAACUCUGCCGCCCAGACCGCCCCAUUACUUCUGAGCGUGGUGUUUCUGGCGCUCAGCUGUGUGAGCUACGCCAUGCCCUUCCUCCUCUGCGCCACCAUCUGCUGCUGCCUGCCCUGCAUCAUCACGCUCAUGGGCUUCGAUAACCACAUUGCCUCCAUCUCCCCUCCCCAGGCCCUGGCCUCUGAAGGCGCUGCUCCUGAUGAGAUUGGUCCCCAUCCCCAAUUCAUUCACCCUCUUUCCGUCUGCUUCCCUAUUCCCCACCCCUGCCCCGCUUCCUGUCCCCCUCCGCCCAUCCCUUUUUCCCCUCCCCCCUUAUCCAGUCUGAGCGUGGUGUUUUUAACAUUGAGCUGUGUGAGCUACGCCAUGCCCUUCCUCCUCUGCGCCACCAUCUGCUGCUGCCUGCCCUGCAUCAUCACGCUCAUGGGCUUCGAUAACGAUAUCGCCUCCAUUUCCCCGGCCUCCAAGGGUGCUGCUCCUGAUGAGAUCGCCUCGCUGCCGUGCUUUAAGUAUAAGGAGCUGAAGCGGAGGAGGAAGGGGGGGAGUGGUGGGGUUGGGAAGGGAAGCAGCAAGGGGAGUGGUGAGGUUGGGCUGCUGUGGGCGGGUAUGGACAAGGAGCGGGUAGUGCAAGGGGAGGAUGCGGUGUGCUGCAUCUGCUUGGGGCACUACAAGGAUGGGGCGGAGCUGAGGCAGCUUCCCUGCAACCACCACUUUCACCAAUCCUGUGUCGACACGUGGCUGCGGAUCAACGCCAGCUGUCCGCUCUGCAAGGUGGACAUCAGCGGGCGGCCCAAGGAGGCUGUGGAUCCUGUGCUAGCGAAUGAAUUUGCAGCAGCCUCCUUUGUCUAA